AUGAUGUGUGCAGAAGCUGAUACAAGUCAAUGUGAAGGAAUUAAUAUGAAUCUAUUUUGUACUUGGCUUUCAAAUGGUGAAAUAGUGGCUUCAUCAUCAUGUAAAACAUCAACUGGUGGACUGAAUCACAAUGAGCAUACUGGUAGUCGAUGCGGUCAUUAUGAAUAUCAUGUUAGUUGUCAUAAUGCUUUGGGAUCUACGACUGAUAAACAGGUUUCAUAUGAAGCUACUUUGUAG